ACAGAAGAAUUGUAUGAGCGUAGGGUUUAGUCACUACGCGAGAGUGUUUACCGAAAAACUUAACUGUAGGUGUUUGGAAGUAUCACUUCUCCAUGCAAUGUUUGAUAUAAAAAUCCUCCCAUUUUGCGUUUUCUAUUCAUUCAAACUUGCGACCUUUUUAUUCUUAACCAAUCAACGUGGGUAUCAUGGUUUAUCAAUACAAACCCGGAUAAAUAUAUAUGAUAGAGCGCUUCAUCAAAACUUAAAAAACAUUCAAUUUAUGAAAACUAAAUAGAAAUAAAAAUUAGUUACAAGAAUUAAGAAAUAUUCUUGUUUGUCACGUAAAAUUACAAAGAAAAAGAUCGAUUUGAUGAAUAAAAAUCGUCAAGUGGUGAAUAAGUUCGUGUAGAUUUCAAUAGAAAUUGGAUAUUUUCUCUAUUUAUUGUAAGAUUGAAGUAGACACAUGUUUGAUUUAUUAAGAGAGAUUUUAUUACUAGCUGGGUUUGCACACCUGGUCAUAGCUGCUGAAAUAAGAUUUUCAGCACUACGUCCUGAACCAGAAAUAAAGGAGAAGGAAAUUUAUCAACCAGGAUGUUGGCUUGGGAAGCAUCAUUACAAGCUUAUGGAGAAGUUUUCACCAGCAUUGGAGCCAAAUGGAAGACUUGUUUGUAUUCUCUGCCAGUGUAUUCCGGUGACGAGGAAAGGAAUCAUUCAACAUUAUGGAAAAGCAAAAUGUGUCAAUAUCAAGGAUAAGUGUCCUUUACCGAACUGUCACAAUCCAAUACUGCUUCCCGGAAAAUGCUGCAAAUAUUGCCAAGGUCAAGUGCCGUUUGAGGAUCAGUAUGUUUUGCUGCCGCAAGAUGUUAAUGACCAUUAUGAAAGCUCUGUGAAUUCUGAUAAAGAAGCAAGAGAGGAAUACAAAGAGCAAAGAUACACAGCUCUGUUGGUCGGUAAGAAUGUAGUAGGUACCCCACCACUUAUGACAAAAGCAGUUGCAAUGGUUUAUGUAUUGGUUAAGAAAGAUGCUACACUCCAGUUCUCCGUAAGAUAUGCAGAAUUACAGAAUCCGAAACAAAUAAAUGUUGUCGAUAGCAACGGAAACGUACUGCUGUCACAUGACUUCAAACAAUCAAGAGACAGAAAGUUCUGUGGAGAAUGGUAUAAUGUACCAUCCUAUUACCUAAACUAUAUAGCAAAGAAACAACUUCACCUGACGAUAACGACCAAAAGAUAUCCACGUGGAGAAGUAGCUGGUAUUCCGGAACAUGACACGUCAUUUGAUCAUGGAACAUUUGGAGCAUUACUUAUAUCACCAAUACCACGUGGUAUAGGAGCUUAUGUAGAGUUUAGAUACUCCUAUUCAAGCAGACGAAAGGUUAUUGACUAUCUCAUAUAUCAGGACGGAUUUCUGGAUAACAAAAGAAGAAAACUUGAAUAUUUUGUGACCAUCGAGAAAAAUACGAAAAUUAUCCAUCAAGAUACACGACGAAUACGGUACAAGUCAAACAAGAAAGCAAAUUUAAAUGGAUCUUGGAAGCGACCAAAUAAAAGGGAAAGACGACUGAUGACGAGACGAAAACUUCGCCUAAGGCUAACGUCUAAAGGAGGAACAACAAUGAUUGGGGACAUAACACCAGUACUCACAUGUCAAAUUUUUCAGGCAGUGUUGUCGAGCAGUGAAGCAUUAACAGACUCGGUUCAUCCUCUGACCAGUGUUGGUUCAGCUGUCUUCCAGCUUCAUGAUAAUGGACAAAUAGCAUAUAUGAUACGGCUGUAUAGUAUGAAACAGAAUUUAGUUUCGUUAACAUUAGAAUCAACACCAACACGACGGCGAAGGAGAAGGGUUAUACAAGAUCUGACAAAAACGUUUAGAUAUAACACAUCCUCGGAUAACGGUUUUGCCGUAGGAAUUUUCAAGAAACCAACAGCAAAAGACCUUACAAUGUUUUUGACCGGAAAGUUGUACAUUAACGUUGGAACCUCUUACAGACAAAUAAGUGCUCUUCGUGGAAAGAUAGAACGAACUGAGCAUGACAGUACAAUUGAUAUAUUAAGAAAUGCGCCUUUCAUUCUGAUGGCACAACCACAGACUCAAUCAACUGGUGUCGCUGGGCAUGCGUGGUUAGCUGUAACUGAUAAAUGUGUAUUGCAUUAUCAGAUAUUGCUGUCUGGAUUAAGGGACCACACUACGAUUACAGCUUUGAUCACAGGAAAAUAUGAUUCAGCUCCAUCAUACAGUGGAAACGCUAUCUACACGAUUAUUAUAACGGAUUUUAAAAAUGGAAUAGCUAGCGGGCGUAUUUCUGACAUCUCUAGAGAAGUAUUUCAAAGUCUCGACAGAGGGACUUCCUUCAUGCAAAUAGACGUUGUGGGUGUGACAAAAGGAAGUAUAUAUUCAAAUCUAAGCAUUGUUAAUGAUUGCUGGCAGAAGACGAGUGGAAAUAAUUAUAACAUGUUACUAGAUGAGGGUUACAAAGUUCCGGUGGGAAAUCCUAUCACGUCCUGUAAUUAUGAAGGUCGAAUUUAUAAUGACGGAUCAACGUGGAUUCCUGUAGGAAAUGAUUCGUGUUACACAUGCACGUGCCAGCAACAAAAAAUACUGUGUGAUGUUGUUGUGUGUCCUGGGCUCAAAUGUGAAUAUAAAGUCAAAGUUCCAGGACUUUGUUGUCCUAAAUGUGCAGAAAAACCAGACAAAACACGUCUACCAUUAACCUCACCUAACAAUACACACUCUGAAGGCUCCUGUUAUUAUGAUGGUGAUAAACGAUGGCAUGCUGCUGGAACUAAGUGGCAUCCCUAUGUGCCACCAUUUGGCUAUGUCACAUGUGCUGUUUGUAGCUGUAUGACAGAUGGUAGUUAUGAUUGUAAAAGAUCUCCAUGUCCGGCAUUGAAUUGUUCUAAAUCCGAGGCAGUUCGUAUCAAAGCAAAUGAUUGUUGUCAGGUUUGUCCAGAUAAACAAACUCUUGUCAUAACAAAUAGUGAAAACCAAGCUGACCACGCUGUUGCAUCAAAAGAAAAAUCUUGUAAGUUUGGAGACGAAGUUUUUCCGCAUAGAGCGAAAUGGCACCCUAAACUGUCUGAUAAUGAAGAAGUAGCGUGUGUGAAAUGUAGAUGUAAGAAUGGGAAAGUAAAAUGCAGGCGGAAGAAAUGUACACCUGAUGAUUGUAGGAGAACAAAAAACAAAAAUGUAGAGAAAUGUUGCCAAUGUCCAGGUUCUCACAGGAAAAGUAGAGGCAGAAGUAAAGGCAGCAGAUAAUAGUACCUUUCAUUAUUUGUUAUCUAUUUAUUUUUACAUUCCAUUUUUACUCAUGUUAAUAUUUUUACAUAUUUGUUUGAGUGCUUGUUUCAUUAUGUAUAAAUAUGUUAUCAUAAAAGAAUGUGAUAUUUUUGUAUGUUCCAUGAUUGCUGGAUUUGUGUAAGACACAUCUCACUUGAAAACGUUAAUUUGUUAACUGUGUUUGAAUCAAGACACUGAGGGUAUUUUUGUUUAGUACACAAUGGAAAUAUGGUUGAAAUGUGUGCAUUUUUCUCAUAUUUUGCUGUUAAAUAUUAUACUUUGAACAUUUCAUUCAAUAAUUGUGCUAUCAAUGAAACAUUCAGAUAUUUUUGUGCAGAUCUGAUAUUGUUCAGCAUGGAAUAAUAUUUACAGGGAAGUUGAUUGUUCGUGUUCUGAAUAAGGUGGUACAUAACACUACAGGAAGCCACUUCUGUAAAAUUCAUCUAAACGUUUUAAUCACCUUCAAUAUUUAAGGAAAAUUAAACUUCUCAAUGCUAAAGAUUAAUGUCAAACCGCUAAAUAUUCAAUGAAAUAUAAUCUUUAAAGUGUGAGGUUCAAUGUUUUUCAAAAUUUCUAUAUUUUUGUGAAAGGGUCAAGGUAAAUAUGUUGUCAAAAUAUUAUGAAAAUUAAAAGAGUCAAAUUAUUUUUUCAACCUGUUUGUACCACCUAAAUAAUAACAUUUUAAGACUACAAGAACAACAUAUUUGAAUGAGUUUGAUUUCCUUAUUUUUGAGAGAGACGCUAACGAAUCAUUUGUUGUAAGAUAUUAUUUGAUUUGGCCUGAACAACCAACAUUUUAUGUAUUAAGAAAGUAAAAGAUGUAUUUAUCCUUUUAAUGCAGUCGCUUCAGUUAUUAUUUUGCUACACAUCUGAUCUCUCUCCUUAUGUUUAAUUCUCAUAUAAUAAUUGAUAAACGUAUGACAAAAAUUUGCUUACCUGAAUUAUGAUUGCUUGUCUUAUUUCUGUUUUGUGUCAGUAUUUUAUGUAAAUAUUGCUAUUUAUUAUAAGAUGUAAAUCCGACUGAUAAAUGAUAUUUUCA